AAUUUUUUCCAUAUUUUAUCUUCCACCAAUCGAACGGUCAUUAGGGUUCCGAUAGCGUAGAGCUCGGUACUACGUGUAGUUUUAAUACCAUUUUCGACAAGUUUCGAUUGUUUUGAGAUUAACCAAUUCGAAAGUUUUUAAGUUAAUUUCUGCAAAAUGGGAGGCUGCAGCGAAUGGUUCCAGCGGAACCAGAAGAACAAGCCACAAUCCAACACCUUGACAGCUUAUGCCAUGACGCUAAUGGUCAGUGGAAUGGUCAUCGGAUCAACGAUAUUCAACGUGGAGUAUUCGCUGCAGGCUUGGACACUGGGCCACUCCAGUGGUGAAGUUCUGAUGGUGUCACUGUCUUUCUACCUGGCCGCCAUGCUGGGAACACUGGUCGGUUACAUUCUGGUUGAACGGUACCCUAAGAACGUUAUUUCGCGUAUUUUUCUCGUACCGACUCUAGUUGGAAGCAUUCUCUUAACGGCAGUCCCAGAGGAAAUAGCAGGCGUUGCCAUUGCUCGAGUCUUGAUUGGCUUCAGUCAUGGCGUAGCCUACUUGGUGCUGCUCAUUCACUCUGGUGAAAUUGCAAUCAACCGAAUGCGUGGUUCUAUUGUAGCGUCUAUGAGUCAGGUCCUCAUGAUCGGGGUGCUGAUUUUCGGAAUCAUAAGCCCAAUGGAAAUGUACAACUACGGAAUGAAUCCCCUAAGACUAGUCGGAAUUCUGGGAAUUGUUUUGACCGUUUUCGGUGGACUGCUCUCCUAUUUCAUAUUCCAUGAAUCACCGGUGUUCCUGUUGAAGCGUGGACGCGACGAUAUGGCCAUCAAAACGAUGAUGAAAUUACGAACAGAGUCGGUUGAAACGUGGGAACUCCGAAACGACUUUAACGAGCUUAAAGCCAUGGUUUCGGAGGAAGAACAACGCUCGAAAUCGAUGUUAUCCGAUGGAAACCUUCGACCUCUAGUUGUGCUGGCACUCGCCAAGGUCGCAACAGUGCUGUCCUUCAACAUGGCCCUCAACAUUGUUAGAAUUCUGAUCCUGAGUACUUUGUUCCUUUCUAGUACCUACAAUUCUUCAGCACUGAUCAUUAGCUUGGUUAGGGCCGUUGUCAUGCUCCUCGCUAUCUUUACCGUGGACAAAUACGGUCGCAAGAUCUCCUUCACCUUUUCAACACUCACCUCAGGGAUCAUAUUGACCAUCCUGGGUAUCAUCUUCCUGACCAGUCAAUCUUUAGAUCGGGACGUAGCGAUCGGAAUUGUGCUAACCUACGAGGUGCUAGCUUCCCUCGGAUCAACCUUCAUCCCGGAUGUGUACCUAUCGGAGGCCUUCCCUCUCCUCAAGAAAUCGGCCUCAAUAGGAGCCGUCCUAACGGUGGAAAACAUCUUCCAGCUGAUCUUCGUUUGCAUUAUGCAUUCGGCCACCCGUGUGUACAUCGGGGACGUGCUGGUCGGGUGUGGAGUUCCGCUGGUGGCACUGAGUGGUGCCUUCUUCCUGCUGCUACCGGAGACGGCCCGAAUGUCACUGCGGCAGGCGAGUGCGGAGUUCGCGAAGCAAGGGUUGAACCAUCGAAGUUACAAGGUGCAAAUGGAAGCGAAUCAACCAUGAAGGGAAUAAAUAUUUAUUUAAAAA